AUGAAGAGUGGAUUUAGGAAUAUGAAGUUACACCUAUCCUUUCUGUUGCUGCUGCUUUCCAUGAACAUAGUCUGGGGUGAUGAACACUUUUAUCCUGAACAACAUCAGAGACAACCAAGUGCACCUAUCAAAGGACCACCUUUUCUGCCUUUCAGCGUAAAAAAUCCUGUUUCACAGGCAAGGGGAGAACAAGGUCCACAAGGCCCGCCAGGCCCCCCUGGCCCCAGAGGCUACCCAGGAUCACCAGGAGAACCAGGAAAACCAAGCUAUGGAAGUCAAGGGCCUCCAGGACCUCCAGGACCCCCAGGACUUUCAGCGGCGGGAAAGCCAGGAACCGCAGGCUUUCCAGGAAGACCGGGAGACAAAGGACACCCUGGUGAAAAAGGAAGCAUGGGGCCUGCUGGUCUUCCAGGGCCAAAGGGUCCCCCUGGAGCUCCUGGUCCUGUGGGAAUUUCGAUGGCGGGGAAACAAGGGCUCCCAGGACCCCAAGGAGUAAGAGGCAUCCCUGGGGAAAAAGGUGUUCCAGGCGCUCCUGGUAUUAAAGGGCAAAGGGGAGAAAAUGGGCAUGGGGUUCCAGGUCGCCCAGGGGAGAAAGGCCUGCCAGGGCCACAGGGGCCUCCAGGACAAGCAGGGAUAGGAAGGCCUGGGGAAAGGGGGUUUCCGGGGCAGCCAGGUGUUAAAGGGGACAAGGGUUUACCAGGCUUACCAGGCCCAGUUGGACUUCCAGGUCCCCAAGGCUCUCCCGGGAAACCUGGAAUGCCUGGAAAAGGACACCCUGGGUCAAGUGGGUCACCUGGCCUUGCAGGAACCCCUGGGGCAAAAGGACCUCCAGGUCCUCCAGGCUCAACUGGGCCCUCUGGUCUCCCAGGAUUUGGAAAACCAGGAUUGCCAGGGAUGAAGGGAAACAGGGGGCCUGAAGGACUCCCUGGUAGUCCAGGAGCUAAGGGAGAACAAGGCCCAGCUGGUAUCCCUGGGAGACCUGGACCAGGUGGGCCACCAGGGGAAGCAGGUUCUCGAGGGCUAAGAGGUGCCACUGGCGCAAGUGGCAGACCUGGGCUCAAAGGGGAAAGAGGCCCAACUGGUCCAUCAGGAUUCCCAGGGAUUAAGGGAGAAAGAGGCUUGCCAGGAUUGGAAGGCAGAUCAGGGAAGCCAGGGUUUCCUGGAUCCAAGGGCCAUCCAGGUGCGGCAGGAUUUAAAGGAGAUCUAGGCCCCACUGGGCCAACUGGUUUACCUGGACCAAUGGGCUCACCAGGACCCAAAGGUGCAGCAGGAAUCAGUGGUGGGCCAGGCUCUAGAGGAUCACCUGGUACACCUGGUAUAAGGGGACCAGUUGGUCCUCCAGGUAUUCCAGGACUCCCUGGAGGCAAAGGGGACCCAGGUGCACCGGGAUUACCAGGUCCAGCUGGAAUUUCAUCGAAAGGCACAGAUGGACCUAUGGGACCACCUGGUCCACCAGGUUCCAAAGGCCAUCCUGGAGAGCCUGGAUUGCCAGGCCCUCCAGGCCCCCCUGGUCCUUCAGGGCAAGCCCUGGCAGGAGUGCCAGUUAUAAAAUCUGGUGCAACUCAAGGUCUCACUGGCAGGCCGGUGUCCGCUUUCACUGCCAUUCUCUCCAAAGCUUACCCUGCAUCUGCUACUCCUAUCCGAUUUGACAUAAUUUUGUACAACAAGCAACAACACUAUGACCCCAGAUCAGGCAUCUUCACCUGUAGGAUACCAGGGCUUUAUUACUUCGCUUAUCAUGUCCAUGUCAAAGGCACACAUGUUUGGGUUGGCCUGUACAAGAAUGGCUCACCCAUCAUGUACACAUUUGAUGAGUACAAGAAAGGAUACCUUGAUCAGGCUUCUGGAAGUGCUGUUGUUGAUCUCAUGGAAAAUGAUCAAGUUUGGUUACAGCUGCCCAACAAUGACACAAAUGGCCUUUACUCUUCAGAGUAUGUCCAUUCCUCCUUCUCAGGUUUCUUAUUUGCACAAAUGUAAUAUUUAGCAUAACAGAAAAAUGCAUCCAGGUAUAUGUGUGUGUAUUUCUACAUAUACAACGGAAUUAACAAAAUUACACCAAAUACAACAAUAUUUUUCUAAAGUUCAUAAUGCAUAUGAAUUAAAAAAAAAUUAAAAAAUUAUUCACAAGGUACAAUCACACUGUAUGGCAACACUGAGACAUGCAUUUUACUUGCCCACAUACUGAAAAGCUAAUUAAGAUUAUUUCUACCAAGAUUAUUCCUCCCCCAAAAGGGCCCCACUAUCAAAACCUCCUUUCAUAGAUGUGUAAUGCCAUCAAAACAAACAAAUGUGCAUAGUUUUAAAAAACCAGAAUAAGAAAACACAAGAAAUGCAAUAUGUUGUGUUAAUUCUAUAACUCUAAACAUUUUCAGUGAAAUAUUAGCUUCACAAAAUGAAUCAACUUGGUUCGAUGGUACCCCAGGUGAGCAUACAAAGUGGUAAUUAUGUCCAAAUGUGCAGGUACUAGUAAUGGCUGAUCAUGAGUACUGUAGGUAUAUUUAUUGCUAAAUUGACAGUAUUAUAAUCCUCAUAAAAUAUUUCAAUAUUACCCUUUACAGAAUGAUGUCUGUUUACAUACAACAUUCAGAGAACAAUACAACUACAGCUAAGAAAAUAUUUAAAAUGUUAAAACAUUUACCUUAUGGAGUGUGAAUAGUUAUUACUAUACUAAUUGUACCACUGUGCAGUCUACAUUUCAUCCCACGGCCACCUCUUGAUUCCGAACCAUUUGUAUGAAAUCAAUAUAAAUGGCCUGUACUGUGUUCUUUUAAAACCAGCAUUUUACAGUUUGUUCUAAAAACUUGUUGUAUCUGUCCAUUUUGAUUUUAAAAAAAUAAAUAAAUAAAUGACACAUUUC